AACGAGGAGUGGACAUUACAUUUUGGCGACGAGGAUUCAAGGAUGGCUGCAUUACAGACAUUUCCAGCUUUUGAAUUACAAGCAGGAGAUCUUAGUCGAGAAUGGAGAAAGUAUGUGUCAAGAUUUGAGAACAUGCUUUUGGCCAUGAAUAUAACAAGUGCUGUUAGAAAGAAAGCAAUGUUAUUACAUUACGUUGGGGAAGAAGUCAACGAAAUAUUCGAGACCUUAGACAUACAAGCAGCUGAUGAAAACGAAGAUGUAUUGUGA